GCGGCGGGGAGCGGCGCGGACGGCGGGACCGGAGUGAGCACCGGGACACCGGGGAGCAACGGAGCGAGCACCGGGAUCGCGGGGAGAACCGCAGAGAGCCCGGGCCAGAUUCCAGCACCAUGUCGGUCAGCAGCCACGAGAACCGCAAAUCCCGCUCGAGCUCCGGCUCCAUGAACAUCCAUCUCUUCCACAAACCGGGCCACGCCGACAGCCUCCUCACCCACCUCAACCUGCUCCGCAAGCGGCACCUCUUCACCGACGUGGUGUUGAGAGCCGGGAACCAGACCUUCCACUGCCACCGAGCCGUCCUGGCCUCCUGCAGCCGCUACUUCGAGGCCAUGUUCAGCGGGGGCCUGAAGGAGAGCAGAGACGCCGAAGUGAACUUCCACGAUUCCCUCCACCCCGAGGUGCUGGAGCUGCUGUUGGAUUACGCUUACUCGGCCCGGGUGCUGAUUAACGAGGAGAACGCCGAGUCCUUACUGGAGGCUGGGGACAUGUUGCAGUUUCAGGAUAUUCGGGACGCUUCGGCUGAUUUUUUGGAGAAGAAUCUCUACCCGGGGAACUGUCUGAACAUGCUGCUGCUGUCCGAUGCCCACUGCUGCCAGCGGCUGCUGGAGCUCUCCUGGAGGAUGGCCUUGGCCAACUUCACCUCCCUCUGCAAGACUGAAGAUUUCCUCCGACUGCCCAAGGACAAACUGCUGGAGCUGGUGGAGAGCGAAGAGCUGGAGGUAGAGGAUGAGACCUUGGUCUACGAAGCUGUCAUAGGUUGGAUCCGCUACGAUUUACCCCAACGCCACGGGGAUCUUCCUGAGCUGCUCCGCUCCGUCCGCCUGGCGCUGCUGCCAGAGUCCUACCUGAGGAAAGAAGUGGCCUGUGAGAAGCUGGUGACCAGCCACAAGCUGGGCGAGGAGAUCGUGGCCGACGCCGUCCGAUGCAAAAUGAAGAUCCUGCAGAACGACGGCCUGGUGACUGGGUGCUGUGCCAGACCCCGCAAAGUCAGCCAGGCCCUGCUGCUGCUGGGUGGUCAGACCUUCAUGUGUGACAAGAUUUAUGUGCUGGAUCACAAAACCAGCGAGAUCAUUCCCCGGGCUGACAUCCCCAGCCCUCGCAAAGAGUGCAGCGCCUGCGCCAUCGGCUGCAAGGUGUACAUCACUGGGGGGAAAGGCUCCGAGAAUGGGGCUUCCAAAGACGUUUGGGUUUAUGACACCCUCCACGACGAGUGGGCCAAAGCUGCUCCCAUGCUGGUGGCAAGGUUUGGCCAUGGCUCAGCGGAGCUGGACCACUGUCUGUACGUGGUAGGAGGUCACACGGCCGUCAGCGGUGCCUUCCCGGCCUCUCCCUCCGUCUCCCUCAAGCAAGUGGAACACUACGACCCGCAGCUGGACAAAUGGUCCUUGGUGGCUCCUCUCCGAGAAGGCGUCAGCAACGCCGCCGUGGUGGGUGCCAAGAUGAAGCUGUUUGUUUUUGGUGGCACCAGCGCCAACCAGGAGAAGCUGCCCAAGGUGCAGUGCUUUGAUCCCGGGCAGAACCGCUGGACGGUGCCCACCAGCUGUCCCCAACCCUGGCGGUACACGGCCGCCACCGUGGUGGGCGACCACGUCAUGGUCAUCGGGGGGGACACGGAGUUCUCCGCCAGCUCCGCUUACCGCUUCCACAGUGACACCUACCAGUGGUCCAAAUUUGGGGACGUCACCGCCAAGCGCAUCAGCUGCCGUGCUGUCACCUCGGGCAACAGGCUCUACGUGGUGGGAGGCUACUGCGGGGCUCAGCGCUGCAAAACCCUGGACUGCUACGACCCCUCCUCUGACACCUGGCGCAGCGUCACCACCGUCCCCUACUCCCUCAUCCCCUCUGCCUUCGUCAGCACCUGGAAGUACCUUUCUGCUUGAGUCACCUGAAGAACCUGGAAGGGUUCUCACCAGAUUUUGCCUUUACUGAGGAACCAGAGACAAGACAUGGGAGCUUCUCCUCCUCCUCCCAGCAAGCCUGGGACCUGUCCUGGAUGCCAGCUCUCAUGUGGAUUGUGGUGGCACCAACACAGCUUUGAACCCUUCUGCAAAGCCCCAUUGUUCAGAGCAGGGAGGGAACAUGCACAGAGGGACCUCCUCGGGCUGGCAGCUUCUGCUGUCCCUUCAGACAGCAAAAGGUUUCCAAGUUUUCAUCUAAGUUGUGAGAUCUCAGAGCAGGAAACAGAGGAACUUUCUGAAAACAAUUUUUUUUUUCUUUUUUUACUUCUUACAUUGAGUAUUUUGUUUUAAGUGGUAUUUACUGAGAAGGACAGAGGACACUCCAAUGGAACUGGCAGCAGGCUCUGGACCAUGCUGGUGCCUGCUGGGAUGUGGAAUGCAGGCAGCACCAGAGGCACUUCCCUGAAAUGUCUUAACACGUGACAGUACUUUGCCCAUGGGCUGGUUCUGUACCCUUUUUUUUUUAUUAUUCAGCAGUUGUGUGUGUUUAUUACUCAGCCUGGAGCUGCUUUAAUAAAUCUG